GGUAAGAGAGUGCUUAGUUGGACUACAGAUAAAACAAUAAGAUGUUCGCUUAGUCUUGUACCCAUAGAGCAUAAAUUUAGACACAAAUGUUCAAGUUAUCUAAACUUACACAAGGGAAAUAAUAAAGUGAUUACAAGUCUCAGCACUAACAUAGAGACUUAACUUUAAUGAUUUUGACAUAACACUCACAAGUUUUAAAAUCAUUAGUGUUGAAAAUUUAUUUUGGGUGAAAAAAUAUCUCUAUUCCCAAGGAAUAGAAACAUUUUAAAUUAAUAUGAGAGAGUGAAUGAAUUUCAAUUCGGCAUUUUAGUGUGAAUUAUGGUGUUUAAACCAACGAAAGUGGUGUAAGAGUGUUAAGACAUGAUUUGGAGAAAUUAUCACUGGAUCUUUUUCAUCAUCUACCUCAUUAGUAUUGUUCACUGUGUUCCCCUCAAAGAUGAGCAAGUUCAGUUUGCAGGGAAUUCUAUUCAGUCAACUCCCGAGAGUCUCCCCAACAAAACAAGCGACAUGGACAUCCAAUCAUUCGAUUUUAUCAAUACAUUUAGUCUCCUCAAUAAGUACCAAGUAUGCACUACACCGGAUGGAAGAAAGGGACGCUGUAUGCACAUAAAGCACUGUUCGGUUUUCAAUACUCAGCAGGAUAUCGGUCAACUGAUGGGGUACUUGUGUGUGAUUGAACAGGCCUCCAUUGGUGUAUGCUGUGCCGAGGACGUGACCAGACUGAGCUUUGGGGAUACCCUCGAGCCUGCCGGGAAGAUUGUCAAUCGACCCGAGGAACGUGGGUGUGGUGUGUCUACUGGACAGUUUCCCAAGAUAGCUGGUGGACAGCCUGCCCAUCCAGCUGAAUGGCCCUGGGUGGCCGCUCUACUGACACAAGGACUCAAUAAGGCUGCUGCUGGAGGAGUGCUCAUUACAGAUCGUCACAUCCUGACAGCUGCCCAUUGUACAACUAAUUUGAAGCCUCAUGAACUCUUUGUACGUUUGGGCGAGUAUGAUUUUAGUACAAAGGACGAGACCAGAGCAAGGGACUUUCGCGUAUCAGAAAUACGUGAACACAGUGAAUUUGAUCCUAUCACGUAUUCGAAUGACAUUGCUAUUGUAAAGCUUCAAAGACCUACCAUUUUCAAUACAUACAUCUGGCCUAUUUGUAUGCCACCACUUGCAAAUACUUGGGAAGACUACAGUGCUGUCGUUGUAGGAUGGGGCACGCAAUUCUUUGGUGGGCCACAAUCUGACAUUUUGAUGGAAGUCUCCAUUCCCAUUUGGAAGCACGCAGACUGUGUCGAUGCCUUUGCCAAUCGUAUCGAAAGUUCUGUGAUAUGUGCUGGCAGUUACGAAGGGGGUCGGGAUUCAUGUCAAGGCGACAGUGGUUCUCCGCUGAUGGUAAUGCUGCCCAAUAAACGCUGGGUGGUUAUUGGCAUCGUUUCUUGGGGUGUUCAGUGUGGACAAGCUGGAAGUCCCGGAGUGUACACCAGGGUCAAUUCAUACAUCGAUUGGAUUGUUGAGAAUGCGGUGUUCUAAUCAAAGAAAACUACUAUCUUGCUAUCAUUUUCAUGAGUAUGCUUUCAAUUUAAAAUAAAUGCAAUUUUAAAAUGCAA